UUCAGGAGUGGUAUGAAAAAAUUAAUAGCUGCGCAUAUUUUGUUCUUGUGUUUGAUUCGCAGUCCUAUGUUGAAACAGAUCUCGAGCCGGUCUCGCCAAUUCCCAUCAACGGACACUCUUGACCUUUUAACCAGUUCGGGCUCAGUCGAUUAUUUACCAACUUUCGCAAAAGAUGGACUCGAUUUCGAAAACUUCAAUUCAAUUUCAAUGCUGCCCGACGUAUCUAAGUUUUGGUCAUAUACAAAUGCAGGUUAUGCCGGAAUAACACCCGGAUAUUUCUGGACUCUAAUUCUGGACACUUGGGGGAGAACAGGGCCAAGUAGUUUUCAAUCAAGUGGCAGUUCGGGUAUCUUGUCUGAUAUCACUGGAUCUAAUGGAUUAACUACCGCGGACAUAGAAGCAAUACAGUCCUCGUACAAAGAAGACGAACUUCUAUCUUCGUCAUCAGCAAACAGUUAUAACCACCAUAACUAUUUCCACCACCAGCCACAGACAGUUGAACUACCGAGCUGUUCUUUUGACUCCUACAAGGAGAACUACAAGUUUGGACUACCGGCUAGACAUCAUCUUUCCUCUCAACUAGAAGAACAGACAACAUGCGAUGCGAAACUUUCAUUUGAUAAAUCUUUAUCUGUCGACCUUCUAGAACCUUCUUUAAAAGAGAACGUUCUUCUUUUUGACAUCGAUAACUUGCUCGCUACUAACGAAUCAUCAAUAGAACCACAAGGACCUGCCCAAACUAGAAACGAGUUUCAAAAUGAAUUCGGAUCGGAGUUAUUGUUGAAUAAUUCGGCACCGGAAGUGGAUAAUUUUGACUGGUCCUUUGAUCUUUUCGAGGAGGAUGACUCAUUUAAAUUUGGAGAGGAUCAACAUGCAUCUAUGUCGACUCAUACUUUUAUCGGACCAAGAGAUGAAAUUGAUAGUUUCGAUUUGUCUGAGAUAGGUUUCGAUACUUUGGAGAGAAUUGAACCCGUUCAGGGUACGGACGAUCACUUGUACAGAAGAAACUCAGAAGAGAGUUUCGAUAUGGAUCUUUCACUACAGCAAACCACAACGACGCAACCCACAGCUAACACUAACUUCUACUUAACCAAUCACGCAAUCGCUACAACCCACCAUCAAUACCCACUAGAAUACAACCACCACCACAUCGACUCAGGUUCGAAUCCCACCCACGCCAACGCCAUUAUCCGACAUAACACAGCUACAAAAACGACGACGACGCACCAACAACCUACUUCAGCUACCGAAGCACGAUCGGUCAAACCAGAUCAACCCGAGGACAGAAACCACCGAGCUACGACAACAACUUCUACUACACUUGAAAACAGCCCAGAAGACAUACAACCAAUCUUGCCAUUUAGUCCACUUAUACAUGCUAAUUCAGUACCAUUAGGCACUACCAACAAUGUGACUUGUUCGAAUCAUAGCUACCCUAAAAAAUGGUCAGACGAUGAAAGUUUAUUAAGCCCAGCUCAGAAAUUAUCACCUGAACCACUGUUGGUGAAACUUGAAAGUGAAGUUGAAUUUAAAACAGAAGAAAGUAAUGAAAAAAGAGAAGGCGUAAAAUCUCGAAAUCGCGAGGCGAAGAAAACGACUACUACAGCAAAUUCGUCGCGAAGUCGUGAGGGGCCGACAACAGCCGAAAACCGCAUACGAGAAGAGGAUGUUCUCUCUGUGCUGGCGACGAGAGGAGUUACGAGGGAGCAUAUAGUGAAUUGUUUGCUGGAUGAUUUCCACAGGAUAGUGGCUGUUUUGAGAACAGAGGAACAUAGACAGACAGUGAAAGAAAUUAGAAAGCGAGGUCGCAACAAAUUGGCAGCUAAAAGAGUGCGAAGCAAAACCUCAACGAAACUAGACGAAACAAGAUCAAAUAUAGAGGAGUUAAAAGCAAGACGAGAGGAACUCCUUCAAAGGCGGCAGAAAUUACUAGAAAAGUUGAAUCGUCAGAAACAAAUCAAUAAAGACCUCUUGUCACAAAUGCGUUCAAAAUAAGACCAGCCAAACAAACCUCUCGACUAUUGUUAAGCAGGAUUUGGGGAACUGGUUUCAGCACAGAAUACAGCCAACAGUACUCGACUGACAAAGCGACUUGACUUCGAAUCUCGUUUGAUUUAUAUCACAAAAUGUAGUGCCUGAAAAUGAUAAUGAUGUUGUGCUACUAUAGUACGAUUUCUUUUUUGGGUAUUGUAUUUAAUGCAAGUAGACUAGAUUUGGAAAUUAUUUCAUUCGUAAAUCAGUUGUAUAAAUAAUUAAUUAGGUUAA